AUGACAACAAGUGGCUGUUGCUCGUACGCUGGACUGCGGGACUUGCAGAAUGUUCACCCGUGUCACACUCAGCUGGGUACUUCUGUUCCGAUGGAAUUGCCCUCUAUAGGUGGAAUAGUUGACCCGAGUCAACAUAGCCAAAAUUGUUACUUGGUCUUCAUUCGGACCGGCCUGUUAACCAUUCACACGUUCAUCCGUUUAGCAGUGAAAACAAUACAGUCUUUAAAUUGGUUGGACUUUGGUGUCAGUAAUAUACUGGCAGUUCAUCAGAGCACGAAUUUACUGACCGGAAGGUCCGUGGUUCGAACCCGACCUCUGCCUCUCGACUUCCCCUGUCUCGGCUUGGGCAACCUGGCAGUAUCCCAGCCCUCGUGCUUCCUUCGGAUCAUCAAUGCUGAAGCACGUCGAAUGGCAUUCGGGAGAAAUAACCCACCCUCGAUAGAUGAACUGAUCACACUGCACAGGGUGAAAGAGAGCCAGAGGCGGCCAAACAAUGACUUGGCAGCGAAGUGUGAAAGCUAUUAUCAGCAAACUCAGCCGCGCUGGUCACUGUCGUCUUCCUGGAUGGGGACCGAGAGACGGGCCACAUCAAUGGCUAGUGACAUUAUCAGACAUGGCCCAGUCGCGCCCUCAAUGACGCUCGUGCAUCAAAGUUGUUGCCUUCAAUGCAUAGCUUACUUUCUGAUCUGCUCAGUGAAAAUCCCACUGUCACUUGGAUUCACGCAUCAAUUAUAUCACCUCCCGCCUCCGAUGCGUAACUAUUCACGCCCGUUUCCCCAGGUCAUCGGAAAACGAAACUAUGGCAGCUGUGACCUCUUUACAGCAUGUGCGCAGUUUUUACAACUGAUGGUGACAUGGCGUGCUAAGUUCAGGGCUAUCCAACAGCAGCGAAUUAAAACUGAUGAUAUCGAUCAAGUUUUGGAGUCUACGGCAGCGAGCCAAAAAGCCGACCAACUCACAGCCGCCACCGGAGCUGCCGCUUUGGCUCGCGGUCCACGACCCGGUCUGGCUGGAGAACAACAAACAAUCAUUCGGAUUGAUGACACAACCCACGUCCAGCCGUUCACAGAUGGAUCCAUACCGAGGACCGCCUUGGCUGCGGACGAAGUCGCCGUGCGACCAAUUAUAGCUCGGGAGCGGCGAUGGCGUACCCGGGUAACCGUACUCCAAAGUCAAGGAAAGACCUUUUAUGAGAAUAUCGUCCUUGGUAUUUUGCGGAAUGUGAUUGUUGCAAAAGUACAUUUAUCCUCAUCAUCUAGCCGCUUAAUUCUACUUGCUGCUCCACCGUGCUCCUUUUGCAACAUGUCGUUCAAGACAGCUCGGUUUGGUAGCUUGACUCAAUACGACUCCAAAUGGCAUAAUGCGGCUAGGCGGCAAGUCAAGAGACAGUACAGUAGCGCGGGUGAGAACCCGGUCCAAAGCUGUCAUGCAUCCUACAGUAAUGCACUGCCCAUGUGUACUUUUUUCGAACAAAUCAACCGUGCUUUGGGCAAUCAGAACUACUAA